UGGUCCAGAAAAUCCGGCGGUUCUGACGGUGCUGUUCCAAGAGGCGCAGUCCUCCAAAGGCAACAUGAUGUCUGCUAUAGAGGCUGGUACCCCCGUGUACCAACCUGCACAGCUGCUCAACUGGGUCUACAUGUCUCUGCAAGACACUCAGAGCGGCGCAUUUGAUGCCUUCAAAGCCGAGUCGGACAUUUCUCCUCAGGAUGUGAACAUCUCCAAGCGCAGCGCAGCUGAUCUGAGCUCCAACUAUCUCAACAACUUCUUCCACCUGAGGAAUGAGGCCUUGAACAACAAUUUCUACAAGAGCUCCUCGCCCUACGGGUCCCUCAACAAUAUCGUGGACGGCCUGAGCUCUCUGGCGGACCAUUUCUCAGACCUCUCCCUGUCCCCCGAGACACGCAAACCCAGCAAAAGGCCGCCGCCCAACUACCUGUGCCACCUUUGCUUCAACAAAGGACACUACAUCAAAGACUGCCCUCAGGCUCGGCCCAAAGGUGAAGGCCUGACCCCGUAUCAGGGAAAGAAGAGGUGCUUCGGUGAAUAUAAGUGCCCCAAGUGCAAGAGGAAGUGGAUGAGCGGGAACUCCUGGGCCAACAUGGGACAAGAAUGUAUCAAGUGCCACAUCAACGUUUACCCUCACAAGCAGCGACCUCUGGAGAAACCGGACGGGUUAGACGUGUCGGACCAGAGCAAGGAGCAUCCGCAGCACCUGUGCGAAAAAUGCAAAGUCCUCGGCUACUACUGCCGCCGCGUGCAAUAACACACUCCACACGCCUUAUAUUCUCCUCCGAAGUUUUACCAAGAAGGGACACUUAUAUUUUCAUUACUAAAAAUACGUGUACUGCAGCAUCUAACGUUUUUUUUCUCAUGAUGUAUCCUCUCCAACACUGUGACUCAUAAGUGACUCUUUUUUUUUUCCUACAGUAUCUCGCAGUGGACACGAGCACUUUGCAUUUGCUGGGUUCUUGUUCCUCACUCAGUUAUCAUUAUGUGAAUGUUCAUCUGGAGUCUUAAUGAAGAACCUUAAGAAUCUUACCAACUGUGAAUUAAGAAACUUUAGCUCUGUGUCUGCCUUCACUCGUGUCCAACGUGUUGGAACAAAAUUCGUGAGUGAAGUUUCCAGAUGAAAGAUUCUCUUUUACAUGUUUGUAUAUUCCAGAAAUAACUUAAGUGAAAUGUUUUCUGUAUAAAAUAUGCAACAAGUCUUUACUAGGAAGGAUAUGCAGUAUUAAUGUGUAUCUGCAUUAUUAUCAGUACUGGUACAUAAUUUUGGAAUAUAUUUUUAAGCCAUUACUUGUUGAUUAUUACACUUUGUGAAGGAAUAUAUUAGCCGACUAACAUUUAUUCUAUAUAUGCUAUGUGCCUGUAUUUCUGAACACAUCUUUUGGGUAGUUUGUCAUUCAAAAGUUUUACAAAACUGUAAACUGAUGCAAAACGGGAGAAACAUUUAAUUUCCUGAAAGAAUUAAAUAAGUUAGUUAUAUUUUGGCACCCAGUGCUAAGAAAGACUCAAAAAGGUGCUUUUCUUAUGUCUCAAACGUAACAUGAGACAAAAAGGGAACAAAAAUCUGAAUGUACCAAAGAUAAUGAAGGGUUAAGUGGAAGGUUGCACGUUGCUUUAGAGGCUUUUAGAAUAAAUGAACAUGGAGCAGAAAUACACUUUCACGUUUAACUGUUUAAAGGUGUGUGAAACGCCAUUUAAUGUGCCUUACUUUGA